CUCGUUUCCGGUGUAAAAGGAGUUAAAGGAGCACGAGCUGAGCGACCAGAAAAACAAAUUAAUUAUAUGUUAAAAGACAACAAAAAAUAUUCAGAAUGAAUAUCAGAUGCGCAAAGCCGGAAGACUUGAUGAAUAUGCAGCAUUGUAAUCUUUUAUGUCUGCCUGAAAACUACCAAAUGAAGUACUACUUUUACCAUGGUCUAUCAUGGCCUCAGCUGUCUUAUGUUGCAGAGGAUGAAGAUGGGAAAAUAGUAGGAUAUGUUUUAGCUAAAAUGGAGGAGGAUCCAGAAGAUUCUGUUCCACAUGGUCACAUCACAUCAUUGGCAGUGAAGCGGUCACAUCGACGACUUGGUCUAGCCCAGAAGUUGAUGGACCAGGCGUCUCGGGGGAUGAUUGAGUGCUUUGAUGCUCAAUAUGUGUCGCUUCAUGUCAGAAAAAGUAAUCGUGCAGCUCUACACCUCUACAAAAACACACUCAAGUUCUCAGUAAGUGAAAUAGAACCAAAGUAUUAUGCAGAUGGGGAAGACGCUUACGCAAUGAGGAGGAAUCUCUCAGAAUUUCGAGAAAAGUAUUGUCUAAAAGCUCAAGCUGAAGCAGGGCCAUCUUCAUGACAGCGGUGAGAUAGGGAGGUGUCAUUAUUUUAAAUUUGGACAGUGCUGAC